AUGUCUUACUUUAGUUCUAAUGUUUCAACUGCCACAACUUCGUCCCGUAUGCAGUCGACCUCCCUUCGAUUGAGCAAUGAGUCCCUUGAUCAAGUCAGGGACCGUUUACUUGCAUUCCAAGAGGAAAAAAUGGAAGCAAAUGAGGAUACAAAACCAAUAAUUAUCAGGGAAAAUGUAUCAAUCGAAACCUACAUCAAAUAUUGGGAGGUUGAGCGAAAGCUACCUGUUAGCAUUCGUUUGGUCGAAGGAAAAAUUAUAGCUUACGAAGUACCUCUCACAUCUCAUGGAAUAGUAGCAGGCGAAAUUGCAUUUUUAAUACGUUCCUGGAAUAAUCAACUAUAUAAUGCACAAAAGGAGGACCUUAUUGUGGGACCGAAUAGUUACUAUACUGCCGAUCUUACCAUCCGACCACGAGGACUUCCUAGACCGCCACCUGACCAGGGACCUAACUCAGAAGGGAGACCAUAUCCAACACUGGUUGUUGAAGUUGGAAACAGCGAGUCUGUUCCUAGCUUACAUGAUCUCUCGACAGGUUUCUUUUCUCCACGAACGACUAUUCGAAUUUAUCUUGCGAUCAAAAUGUUUCCCAUUCGUCAAGAUGGUACAAGGGCAAUGCUUGCACUGCGCUACCUACGUACAAAUCAAAUUAAUACGGUGCCGGAUAUCAUCAUAUCAUUUGGAACGGCGCCUCUCCAUAAUAAUACAAUACGAUUUCUUGCGAAUAUUGGUGUCCCACUUGAUAACAUCGUUGGAGUCGGGUUUUCAGAAACUACGUGCAAUGCCUCUGGUAUUUCGAUUUAUCAAUUGCAUAUCCCUGCCAUUGAACUUUUUAAGGAUGCCUUUGGAGGAAUCCCUGCUGGAGCAGUUAAUGGGUUUUGUUUGGAUUUAUGGGAGUUACAAAAUAUAGUAUUGAAUGAUUUUUAG